CGGGUGAGCCCGCCCCACCCCCACGUGGGUAGACUUAGGAGAGCAGCCCCGAGCUUUGCAGUCGGCAGUGGGCUUUGGAUCUCCUCGGCGGCUCCUGGACUCCCUCUGAACCCCAGUCAUGCAGCCCCAGUCCAUUCUUCAUAGCGGUUACUUCCACCCCCUUCUGCGGGACUGGCAGGCAGCAGCCAGCACCUUGGAUGCCUCCAAUCUCAUCUAUCCCAUCUUUGUCACGGACAUUCCUGAUGCUGUGCAACCAAUUGACAGCCUUCCUGGCAUUGCCAGGUACGGCGUGAAUAAACUAGAAGAGAUGCUUCGGCCCUUAAUAGCCAAGGGCCUGCGAUGUGUCCUGAUCUUUGGGGUACCCAGCAAGGUCACCAAGGAUGAGUUGGGCUCAGGGGCUGACACAGAAGACACCCCAGCCAUUCAGGCAAUCCGUCUGCUGCGCAAGGUCUUUCCCAGUCUUCUGGUGGCCUGCGAUGUGUGCCUGUGUCCCUACACCUCACAUGGUCACUGCGGGCUCCUGAGGGAGGAUGGCUCCUUCCGGGCUGAGGACAGCAGCAGACGGUUGGCAGAAGUCGCUCUAGCCUAUGCCAAGGCAGGCUGCCACGUGGUAGCUCCAUCGGACAUGAUGGAUGGGCGAAUUGCUGCCAUCAAAGAGGCAUUGAUCACCCAUGGGCUUGGCAACAAGGUAUCGGUGAUGAGCUACAGUGCCAAGUUUGCUUCUUGUUUCUACGGUCCUUUCCGGGAUGCAGCACAUUCCAGCCCAGCUUUUGGUGACCGGCGCUGUUACCAGUUGCCUCCUGGGGCUCGGGGGCUGGCCCUUCGAGCUGUGGAUCGAGACGUCCGGGAGGGAGCGGAUAUCCUGAUGGUCAAGCCAGGGUUGCCGUACUUGGACAUUAUAAGAGAAGUGAAGAACAAGCACUCUGUCCUGCCCCUUGCUGUGUAUCACGUUUCUGGGGAGUUUGCCAUGCUGUGGCAUGGGGCCCAAGCCAGGGCCUUUGACCUCAAGACCGCUGUGAUGGAGGCCAUGACAGCCUUCCGAAGAGCAGGUGCCGACAUCAUCAUCACCUACUACACACCUCAGCUCUUAGAAUGGCUAAAGGAGCCGUGAUAGACAGAGAGAGUACAAGAACUAAGAACUUUUUAAAAAAUGAAGAAAAAAAAAAAAGAAAAGAACCCAGAGGCCUUAGCGAAGUGCAAAU